UUUCCAGACCUACCUUGCUUAUAUAACCAUGGCUUCUUCAAGUUCAAUGGUUUUGUUUAUACCAUUUCUCCUCAUUAGCUCUUUCAUGGCUGCCUCUGCGGGUAACUUCAACCAGGACUUUAAGGUUACGUGGGGCGACGGUCGAGCCAAGAUACUCAACGACGGCAAGCUUCUUACUCUCUCCCUCGACAAAGCCUCUGGCUCUGGUUUUGAAUCCACAAACGAAUAUCUGUUUGGCAAGAUUGACAUGCAGCUCAAGCUUGUGGCAGGAAACUCUGCUGGAACUGUCACAGCCUACUAUUUAAAAUCAGAAGGGUCUACCUGGGAUGAGAUAGACUUUGAGUUCUUGGGGAACUUGAGCGGCAACCCCUACAUUCUUCACACCAAUGUGUUCAGCCAAGGCAAAGGAAACAGAGAGCAGCAGUUCUAUCUCUGGUUCGACCCAACUGCUGAUUUCCACACCUAUUCCAUUCUCUGGAAUCCACAGCGCAUUGUUUUCUCUGUUGAUGGAACCCCAAUUAGAGAGUUCAAGAACCAAGAAUCAAAUGGUGUGCCAUUUCCAAAGAGCCAAGCAAUGAAAAUACACUCGAGCCUCUGGAAUGCUGACGAUUGGGCAACAAUGGGUGGGCGAGUGAAGACGGAUUGGAACGCAGCUCCUUUCACCGCGUCAUACAGGAACUUCAAUGCUGAAGCUUGCAUAUGGUCUUCGGGAUCAUCUUCUUGCAGUUCAACUAGUACUAAUAAUGCCAAUUGGCUUUCACAAGAGUUGGACAAUACAAGUCAAGAAAGGAUGAAAUGGGUGCAGAAGAACUACAUGAUCUACAACUACUGCGCAGAUGUCAACAGAUUCCCUCAGGGUCUCCCAGUUGAAUGUAGCACUUCAUAAAGAGACAUACGAAGUAUGAAUCGAUCAAUUCUUUCGCUAUACGCCACAGAUAUACAAAUUUUUACUAUUCGUUUUGUAGGAGAUGCAAUUCUUUUAUAAAUUGGCAUAUAUAGUUCAAUAAUGAUGCAUGAAUUAGCAGUAACAUGUUGGACAUUAAGCCUU